AUGGCUGACGACCGCUUCUCGUACCUCAACCUCGCGUCGUCUGCGAGCCAUCACCUCGUCGACGAGGACGACGAGCGCCAAGGGUGGGACUUGCCAGACGACGACAUCCGCGUCCCGCUCCACCUCCUCCCUCCUUACCAGGACGAGGAGGACGACGCCGUCCUCCCCUCGCAGGCGCACCCCUCGUACCCGUACGGCAACCCCUACAAGCCCCACCUCUCGUCGACCCUGCGCCGCGGGCCGUCGUCCCUCGCCCGCCCCUCGUCCUCCUCGACCGACCCCUCGACGCACGCCGCCUCGCUCGCGACCUCGCUCCCGGCCCUCGAGCUGCGCGACCUGUACGAGCGCACGACGUUCGGCGACGCGCCCGAGCGCACCUGGCAAGAGCUGCACCUCGGCGGCCUGUUUGGCAAGCGCACGAGGCCAGAGAGGGACGAGGACGAGGACGAGCGCGACACGCAUGGCGAUGCCGGACCGCCGGCGGGACAGAACGCCGGAGAUGCGCCAGAGGACGACAGCGAGGGCGACUUGGACGAGGGGUCGCAGGACGGCGUCGUCGUGCAGUAGAGCUCUCUUUGUCUCUCUCUCUCUCAGUCUUUGCUUGUUGUCAAUCAUAAAGUGCACGUCUAUCG